GUGAGAACCAUACAGCUACGUCAUGGCUCCGAGUAUGCACAAAUCAUCAUAUUAAAGACGAAAAAAUGAAAGCAAGGAAGCGAGCACCCAUAACUAUUCUGGAUCUCUCUCUGAUUAAUAGCAACAACCAGCAGAAUAGUAGAGCAGUAGAUACUUGGGGAAGAAAAGCCCUGUGACGCUAGAUACUGCGCCAAGCGUAUACUUACUUACUGCUGUAUCGAUCUAGCCUGCAUCUCCCCAGAUUUGACAGACCCACCAAACCCGUUUCGGUUUCGCCAACCAUCAAACCCAACGAUUAUAUCUGAUAUCCUCUACGAUGUUCUCAUAAUCUUACACACUUCCACCCUGAUAUGGGACUCCCGAUGGACGGUAAUAUCCAUGCACCUACGGUACCCUCCGGCCCCACCACCGGAGGGGUUGCCGCUCGAGACCUCUCUAAGCUCUCGAUGAUGGAACUGAUGGCGGAGAAGGAGCGCUUGGAAGCUGAGCUUUCAGCUCUCAGCAGCGUGUUGACUUCGCAUGGAGUGAACAUGAAUACAGGCUUGACAACCUUCGACGGUUACCCACGCGACGAUAUCGAUAUCGCCCAAAUUCGAACUACACGAGCCCGCAUAAUCCACCUUCGGAACGAUCACAAGGAUGUCAUGAAUCGUCUGGAGAAAGGCCUCCACGAGCACUUUGCCAACCUUCAACAGGCACAAACACAGGCGGCUGCUGGGGUGACAGAUGCGUCCAGUUCUGCAUCUCAGGUAGCACUGGCCGACGCGACGUCGACUUCCCCGGCAGGGAUCGUGGAGACUCCAUUUGCAAAGGUCAACAGUGUUGUCAGUGGCAGCCCGGCUGAACAGGCAGGCCUUAAGGCCGGUGAUACGAUUCGAAAUUUUGGAGGAGCCAACUGGAUGAACCAUGAACGACUCUCCAAGGUCGCGCAGAUUGUCCAGCAACACGAAGGGAUCCCCUUAGUUGUAAAAGCUGUCCGGAAGGCUGAGAGUGGUUCUGGGACUACGGAGCUGACCUUGCGAUUGACUCCACGGCGUGACUGGGGUGGUCGCGGCCUGUUAGGUUGCCACUUGGUUCCUCUGUAGAUUUGGUUGCUCCUCACUGCUUGAUUCGCACGAAUAUCCCCCGCGACGCGCAGAUACCCUCCUCAGCGUAGGCUCGGUCUUUGCAAGGCAUUCUGUUACGAGAGACAUGAUCAUGAUGGAGUCUAGGUCACCGAGUGUUACUGGUUCCUCCGGGUUUAGGAGUCAAGAGGAUACCUAUAGAUAGGCCUUUGUAUGGCAAUCGAAGACUGUACCAGUAAUAUUGAAUUACGUGACGAUCAUGCUCUGGCAGUAAUACAUUGAGUCACCCCAACAAAAUAAUAAUCUGCUAUGGUAUGCGCGUGAAGCUGGUUUGUUUGCAGGGAGUGUACCAUAGAUAACUGGCGGCCCAUAGCGCGCUGUAGAACAUUUUCCACGGAGUUCGCUGAGCAGGGAUCCGGAGGGGCAAGCCGUGGGCGGUCACGUGACCUGGAGGCUCCUCGUUUG